AUGCUGACCGCUUACUUCUUUCUGAUCCUGUUGCCGCUGGCUUUGUCCGGCACAGUUCCUCCAAAUCACUUCCUCAACCCAAUAAAUCAGGCUCUGUGGAAUUUUGGAAAUAUGGGAAAAUGUGUUCUUCGCUAUAAUCCAAUUCCGAUGCUGCUGGUCUACCUAAUUGUAAUUUUAUAUCUGUCGGCCUCAGCCGAAGGUGUACAAACAGAUAAGACUCUUCACCCAAUUUCUCUAAACUUAUGGAAUUUUGGAAGAAUGGGAAGUUGCGUACUCGGCUACAAUCCUUUUAUUUUCAAUCAUUAUGGCUGUUGGUGUGGAAUGGGUGGCGGCUAUGAGCCGAUAGACGAGAAUGAUAGAUGCUGCAUGAUCCACGACAACUGUUACGAUGAAGCAGUAGAAAGUGGAAAAUGCGUUGGCACUCUCUGGCAGUACAUAUCGAGUUAUAAGUGGGAUUGUGUAAAAGGCAAAGCUGUUUGUGCACCGAACCAGACUUCCUGCAAAGCCGCUAUAUGCGAAUGUGAUUUGGCUGUGGUGAACUGUUGGGCGAAGCAACCAAAACCAAAUAGGAAGGAGCCGUGUCAUUUAUUGCCACCUAAGAAGACCACCGAAACACCUCCUGUUUGA